AUGAUGGAGGCACGCAGUAAUUGGUCAACAGGUGAAACGACUCACCCUAAUACUACACGAAAUAUCUUCUCGAAAUGCGCUCUGAGCAGAGCACGGUUCGUUAUAAUUGGCGUGGUUAUAGGUGCUCUCAUUGCUGGCAUUGGUCUAGCGUCAGUAAUAACAAUGUACGUCAGCGAUCAAUCAAAAACAACCGCAAGCACAACGCAAACAACAAGUAGCUCUACUACAAGUAUAAGUUCUACGUCAAGUAGUUCUACAAGUACCAGUUCUACGACAAGUAGUUCUACAAGUACAAGUUCUACAACAAGUAGUACAAGUUCAACGUCUGUUAGCACCACAACGACAACAUCACCUGUACCCUACUCCUACAUAUUUUGGUCAUUUGACUCGAACUGCAAUGAUAUGUAUAAUGUAUACAACGGUGUUUCUAUGAACGGCGCAAGUUAUACAUCACCUGGUUAUACUGGUUAUGGCUCUGCACUGUCACUUGAUGGAAGCAGCUCUCAAUAUGUUCUUGUGUCAAAUUAUAAAGAUAUGACAUAUACAAGUUUCACUUGGGAAGUAUGGUCAUACCCGACGAACUUGACCAAUUUUGACAAUAUGUUGUUGAGUAUGUGUGAAACAACAAAUAAUACAACGAUUGUCAGGGUACAACAAUUCUUGAGACAAACCGCUGGUAUCACAUUGCAUUUGUCUAUGAUUAUCCUACUCUCACACACUCCAUUUCAAGGAGCAAAUGGAGUAAUGAUGAUUGGGGCGCUGAAUACUACCAGUGGACCACCAGUAUCGUUCUGGUCAGGCUAUAUUGAUCAAAUGUCAUAUGUGUCACGAGCAAAAACUGCAACUGAAAUUUUCACUGAUGCUACUCUGGUAGCUUAUUAUUCGUUCGAUAAUGGAUCACUCCUUGAUUCAGGACCAAACAAAAUUAACGGAACAGCUGUUGGUGUGAGUGUAACCGCGGGUCGUAUCAAUGAAUCUCUUCUUUUUAAUACAUCUGGUGCGUAUUUCCAAGCAGGUAUGUUCACUCUUUUGGGCGUGAUUGGUCACGAAUAUUCUAUUUCACUCUGGGUGAACAAACUAUCAUCCGCCGGUGCAGGUGGAACAUUAGCUCAUGUCUCCGGAAGUUCAAAUGGAACAUUAUGGUGUAUAUCGAUGUUGGGUCUGACUGCGUCCGAUGAGAUUGUUGGUCAAAGUUGGAAUAAUUCCAUAGUAGCUGUACAAGGUUCAGCUCUCGUAGCAGGUGUGUGGACACAUAUAGUGACAUCAUACAGUUUGACAAACGGCGUUCGCCUUUGGAUAAAUGGACGUUUGAUUGGCUCGACGCCACAAUUCACUUACGCAGCGUCGAACUUAGCUAAUUGGAUAACAAUAGGAACGACAUUUUCUAAUGCAGUACAGUGUGCGCAUGGAAAUGUCGCGAUCGGACAGUUCUAUGGUAUGAUCGAUGAGUUGAAGGUUUAUUCACGAGAACUUACAAGUAGCGAUGUUUAUCAAUUGGCUAAUCCUUAA